AUGACGACGCGCAGACGCGAAAAACAACAUAGACGCUCACACAAUGAGAGCCCGGGGCCAAAAAACAACCGGCCCGACUCUUUGUCCGUGGUCUGUCACAGGCCUGUUGUGACGCUGCCGGCCACUGAAAGCGGGUCACAAACAGUGCCAGCUCUGUCUCUGGCUGCUACGAUGCCUCUACUGGAAGAAAGCUCUCUGCCCAGGGACUGCCCCCCCACUGUGCCAGUAGUCAUUAUCGGUAACGGCCCCUCGGGUAUCUGCCUGUCCUACCUGCUGAGUGGAUACACCCCCUACCUGGACCCGGCCACGGUGCACCCAAACCCGGUGUUGUAUCGCAAGCUGCAGGAGAGCAAGCACCUGCCUAUCACCGAGCAGGACCUGGAGCUCCUGUGUGAGGGCCUGGAGGGCCGCUCGGCCAACCCCGUGGCGGUGCUGUUUGACACUCUGCUGCACCCCAACGCAGACAUGGGCUUCGAGCUGCCCCCCGUGCUGCAGUGGAGGCUGGAGCCUCAGCGCCACAUCCCCCACCUGGUGCUGGGCAAGGCCACUCCGGGGGGAGCCUGGCACGCCAUGGAGGGCUCCAUGCUGACCAUCAGUCUGGGCAUCUGGAUGGAGCUGCCAGGGGUCAACUACAGGGACAUGUGCCCCAUCAAACGCAGGGGGGUGGCCAGUGACCGUGCGUCACCAGAGGAGAUCUCCUCAUACUACAAGAACUACGUGAAGCUGAUGGGUCUGCAGAAGAAUUUUGUGGACAACACCUACGUCACCUCUGUGCAGAGACUCCACCGUGCUCGCCACGGGGACGAUCUGACCAACGGCCACGCCAGGGACGGUGACCUGGUGAACGGCGUGAAGCGUAGCGCCAUGGGCAACGGCGUGGAGAGCAACGGCAGCAGCGACGGCGAGGAGAAGAUGGCCGACGAGGUGGACCAGGGGAAAAAGAUGGUCAACGGCGGGGGCAGCGGCAUCGGGGUCUCCCCCGGGCUGGCGCAGGGGCUGUGGGAGGUCCGGGGCUACCAGCGCGUCCAAGACGACACCCACGUCCCCUUCAGCCUGUUCGCCGAAAACGUGGUGUUGGCCACGGGGGCGUCCGACUCGCCGGCACGGCUGGGCGUGGAGGGCGAGGAGCUCCCCUUCGUCUUCCACAGCGUGCGCGACCUCGGCGUGGCCCUGGGCGCUGGCGCCGCGCCCUCUGAGCCGGUGCUGGUGGUGGGCGCGGGGCUGAGCGCGGCCGACGCCGUCCUGUGCGCCCGCAACCACGGCAUCCCCGUGGUGCACGCCUUCCGCCAGCGUGCCGACGACCCGCAGCUCAUCUUCAAGCAGCUGCCCAAGACCCUCUACCCCGAGUACCACCGCGUCUACCACAUGAUGUGCUCCCAGAGCCACCAGGCUCCAGGUGGGGGCUCCACGGCCUCAGCCCCCGCUCCCGGCCCGGCCUCCCCCACCAACGGGGCCUCAGCCUCAGCCUCAGCCCCAGCCGCGGCCCCGAAGCCCGGCUACGUCAGCUUCCCCGAGCACUCCGUGGUCUCCUUCCAGCCGGACAUGUGCUGCGUGCUUCAGGGUCCCGGCGGCUCGCUCCGCGCCCUCAAGGUCUCCAUGGCGCUGGUGCUGAUCGGCUCGCACCCGAACCUGUUUUUCCUCAAGGAGCAGGGCCGCUACCUGGGCCUAGACCCCAGCCGGCCCGUCUCGUGCAAGCGCAACCCGCUGGACAUCCACCCGUACACGUUCGAGUGCUGCGCCGAGCCGGGCCUGUUCGCCAUGGGCCCGCUGGUGGGCGACAACUUUGUGCGCUUCCUCAAGGGCGGCGCUCUGGGCAUCGCCAGCUGCCUGCUGAAGAGACUCAAGGAGAAGAAGAAGAGGGGCAAGCUCAUCGCCAACGGGAGCAUGGGGAGAGGGGAGAGCAGAGACCUGGGAGGGGGAGAUGGAGGGUUCCUCUGA